AUGGCCUCCACGCGCUCGCAAACGGGCAACUCCAAGCCGCGUGUCGUCCCCGUCGUCGACACCGCCCCCACCAUCAAGCGCACUGCUAAGCCCAAGGCGCCUGCUAAGAAGAAGGCUGCGGCCAAGACGGAGGCGAAGGGCGCUAAACCCGCCGGCGUCACCAAGAAGAAGGCACCCAAAAAAGAGGGCGACGCGGCCAAGAAGGUCAAGGCUGCCGUGAAGAAGACCGCGAAGAAGGCAGACGCGACCGAGAAGACGGCCAAGGCGAAGGCCGAGAAGACGGAGCAGACGGAGAAGACGGAGAAGACAGGGGAGAAGGAGGCCAAGCCAAAGACAGCGGCCAAGAAACCCGAGGCCACCGAUGCCAAGUAA